AUGCAGGUCUGGCUCAAAUGCCUCUUCUGGAACAAGUCCUCCCUCCUGAGCCCCCAGCUCCGCACCCUCAGCAGUGCCUAUCACAUCACCCACCACAGCACUCACCACAGCACCCUGUCACUCAUCAAUCACCCAGCACAGCACCCUCGUCACUCAUCAAUCACCCAGCACAGCACCCACGUCACUCAUCAAUCACCCAGCAAGCACCCAGCACAGCACCCAUGUCACUCAUCAAUCACCCAUCACAACACUGAUGUCAUUCAUCAGUCACCCAGCACAGCACCGUCACUCAUCAAUCACCCAGCACAUCACCCACGUCAUUCACCAAUCACCCAGCACAGCACCCUCGUCACUCAUCAAUCACCCAGCACAGCACCCACAUCACUCAUCACCCAGCACAGCACCCUCAUCAGUUACCCAGCACAGCACCCAUGUCACUCAUCAAUUACCCAGCACAGCACCCAUGUCACUCAUCAGUCACCCAGCACAGCCCCCUCAUCACUCAUCAGUCACCCAGCACAGCCCCCUCGUCAGUCAUCAUUCAGCCACCACAGCACCCUUGUCACUCAUCAGUCACCCAGCACAGCACCCUCGUCACUCAUCAGUCACCCUCCACAGUCCCAUCACUCACCCAGCACAGCACCCUUGUCACUCAUCAGUCACCCACCACAGCCCCCUCGUCACUCAUCAGUCACCCAGCACAGCACCCAAGUCACUCACCACGGUCUCAGACACUCACCACCAUCCCCCACUUGA